GUCGACACGCAUACAUUGCUUGCCUGCUGGCCGGCUUGCUGUUGUGCCACCCGUCCGAGUCUGCUAACCCGCACCCGAGACGCCGCUGCUCUGCAGCUUGGUGUCGUGUGAGCUUGACCUCACCACCAUCUUGACGCCAGCCGCCGAUCAUCAACCACCACUACCACCAUCACCACCACCUCUUCCUACCCUCCACCUUCCCUUGCGCUUCUCGCACCCGUCGACUCCCUCCAACCACCCGCAUCUGGCGCCUCUCAUGAGCCGCCAAGUCUCGGACUCGAACCACCGUCAAACAUGGCCGAGGUAGGCGCAGCACACGAUCGCGUGGCAGAGCUCGUCGACGAGACCCGUCACCAGUCCGCCCGCAAUGGCAACGGCCUGUAUGCAUCGGGUGAGGACGACUCGCGGGCGACUUCGCCUGGUGUGGGCAUCCGUACCAGCCUCAAGGGCAGCGAUGGCGAGAACAUCGAGCGACUGGGAAGGACUCGCCCGCGGGUCUUUCCUUACCAGAAAUACCUGCCAUACGAGACGGAGUCACGGGAGCAGCGCGAGCAAGAUCUGGACGAGAUGUUGAAGCAUCUCUACAUUGCAGUUGCUUCUGGCGACUUCGUGUCGGGCGCCGUGCAUUGGACUAAAGAGAUUCGAGGCUGGAUGAACUUGAAGUUCGACCUGACCAAGGUGCAACGCAUCAAGCUCGUCAAGCUCUACUACGAACUCUCGCUGGCACCCGGCUUGGAAUAUGGGGUCUCGGAGCGCUUCGCCAGCAUGUUCAUGGUGCUGACCAAGCGCAAGCAUUACCUGCGUCCGGGCAAGGAUCUCAUACUAGACUGGCGGCCCCUCUUCAAGGAGAUCAAAGUCUUCGUGCUGCCGUCCGAGAGUAGUACGCAGAACACGUACAGCAGCAAGCGUAAUAUCCGGACCCUGACCAAGCUGUGUACCUUUGCCCAGCUCUUCUUCGACCCCAGAGAGAUCCCGGCCAUGCUCGAGGAGUUUCUACCUUACUACAGCAUGUCAUUUUCCGAGCAGGCUUUUGUGGUCUUUGGACUCUUUAACUUGAUGCUACCGACUGCUGCGCCCCCAGCCGAUGACCCGAAACUGCAACCGCAGUACUACCUGCCCACAUUCUUCCACCUCUGGUCCACGAUCAAUCGAUCGAUGGGGACGGACAUGCGUAUGCUUGACAUCUUCUCUAGACAAGCUAGGGACUGCCUCGGAGCGGAGCAUAUACCUUUUGGUGCAAGUGGCAUCUUCACCGAAGAGCAAUCGUCCAUCAUCUUUACUGCCAUUCUGAGGCUGCUUGAGAUUCCGGUCGGUCAGGCUACCACUCCCUACAGCCCACUUGUCGAUCUUGGUGCUGGCGUGGGCAUAUAUCUCGACAGAGACCCCAGAAAACAUCCUGUCUCGCACAGCAUUGCUCGAUGGAUUGUCAUGUCGCUUUCACCACAAUGUUUAGAAGCCGGCAACGAAAAGUCGGUGUUGCAUCGUCUCGAGGCACUGAUACAAGGCAUCGAGACAUUCUUCCACCCUUCAAAUCAAGGCAGCUGGACCAAGUCAUUAGCGCAGCUCGUGUACUACCUUGCGGAUUUCUUCGUGAUGCGAUGGAACAGGGAACAGAGCGGCGAGUACGAGAUCCCCGAGAACCGAAAGCUCAACGAAGCAGUGAAGCGUCGCUUCGUACUGUGUCUGCGUGAUGUGGUGUUCAUGGGAAUCUAUGCCAAAAGUGGCACAGCGAUGAACUAUUCCUUGAGCACAUUGCAGAGCCUUGCAUUCCUUGAACCAAACCUCGUGCUCCCUGGUGCUCUUCAGCGCAUAUACCCUGCCAUGCAAGGCCUGGUCGAAGUGCACCGAACAAUAUCAUCGAUUCGUGCGCUGCAGAUGUUGAGCAGAAUCAUUGCCAGGACCAAAGGAUUUCGUUGCCAUCUGACAACGCUCCUCGGCCUGGCACUUCCUGGAGUGGAUGCCAACGACCUAGACAAGACCAUGCACAGUCUGGCUUUCAUCCAAUCCGUCUGCUAUAACAUACCACUGUACGAUCUGACGAGAGAGAGCAAGAAGGUCAAGGGUGAAUUGAAUGGAGACUAUGAGAUGGUCGACGGUGACUCCCCUCUACCAUCGGGCUCUGGCACUGGCAUUGCAGUCGAGUGGGUCACUGGACAAGUUGCACGCUUCGAAGAAGCUGGUCCCCUUCUCGAAGUGGAUUACUCCAGUGAGCUGAGUGACGAGGAUGAAGAGACGAUUCUGAAGUCGUCGACUGCAGGCUUUUCCGAAUUCCUCACCAGCUUCCUUGCACGCGUCUUCACACUCCUGCAAAAUCUGCCGGAUGCCGCCCGUGUGAAAAGCGGCAGUCCCGAAGAGAACGUAGUCAACACCCUGCCUGCCACAUUCAGUCCUCUGUUGGCCAGUCUCAGCCCGGAGCUGUACGAUCUCGCACUCGAGCACAUCGCUCGGUUCAUAUCCAACCAUGUUGUUCACCAAGCUAGAGAUGCCAUGGCAUUCAUAUGCAAUGCACUCGUGAAGAUCUCGCCUAAGAAAGCAUUACAUCGCUUGUUACCCGACUUGAUCACUAGCAUCAGGACAGAGAUCACCGAUAAUGGUGCUGGUUCCACGCGCACUACUGGAAGUGAGAUCUUGCCACGCGAUCGCGCGCUGGUGUGGCACGUCUCGUUACUCUCCAUGUGCGUAGUGCAUGUGGGCCGUGACGUGCUGGACUUCAAGGACGAUUUGUUCGAUAUCGCUGGGUUCAUGCAGGACACCUGCAAGGGGAUCCCUCUUGUGCACGUGUCGAAUUUUGUCCACCAUCUGCUGCUCAAUUUGACAGUGACAUACACGACGGACUUCAAUCUUUUUGACCAAUCCGAAUUGCAACGCGGACUCUCGCCUCAGAGUUGGGGCCAGAUUGCCGACCCUUCGGAAAUCGACAUACAAUGGCAUGUACCCAGUCAAGAAGAGAUCGAGUAUGCGGUACGCCUCUUCGAGGCACAGGGAUCGCGUGCUCUCAAAGCUCUCAACAGCUUGAUCUCUGACACUGCGCAGGUCCAGCGUGACGGAACUGGCAAAGACUGGUCCGAUGAAGUCACGCGAAAUCUGGUUCUUCUGCGACUCAUCAUUAGCGGCAUGUCUCGACUCUUCCGCUCAGACGAUGGUACUGUGACUCCCUAUGUCUAUGUCACCGCCAGUCCGGCGAGCACAGACGACAGCCUGACUUUGGAGCAAGCGAUGCCCAAUACCACACCGAGCGAGGACGGUCCGCCUGAUCUCAGUGUACCCGAAGAUGAGCAGGUCAAGAGAUCAUUCCAAUAUCCGACUGGUUAUCCUCUUGAUGUGCACAGCGCAGAAUAUGAGACUGUGCACAACUUGCGUAAAGUUGCCGGUGAGACCUUACAUAAGGUGCACGAGUUCCUCAUCAAGAAUCAAGAGGACGAUGUGCCGUGUUUCAACGCGCUCUAUACGGCCUACAGAUCUUGGUUCGUCGAUAUCGGCAUUGAGCGUUCUGCUCAUGUGCUCGAUCGGCUCACCCGUCUUCUGGGUGCAGAUAUCCAUCCUUUCAAGUUUUCUGGUACGAGAAAGCAGUAUCCGCGGCCUCUACUCGUGAGACGAGCAAACCUCUACCACUUCCAGCGUCUGCGAUUCAACGAACACCCGCGCGCUGCAUCUGACCUCGACAAGACGCUUCUUCUCGACUUGGCAUAUUCGAGCACCUCGGUGUAUACUGACAUUCGCAGAACGGCGCAGUCUGCUGGCGAGCAGGCCAUGAAGAGUAUUGUUGGAGCAAAGCCCCUCAUCAUCCCGCCGCUUCUCGAUGCCCUUGAACUUGCACUCAAGGCAGGAGAUCACCCCAAAAUCAAGGGAGCCGUAUUUUCACUGCUCUUCGGGAGUCUUUCGAAGCCAAUCGCCCGCAACUGGAACUUCGCCCCUCGUAUGAUUCGCCUAUUCAUCCAGGUUUCGGAAGCCGACAGGCCCAGUAUCCAGAAGCUCGUGGGACAAGCCAGCUUUACCAUACAGGACAUGACGAAGGCAAUGGACCGCAUGGUGAUCCUGGACGAGGCUACCCUGGAGGCCAUUUGGCCUGAUGCGCCGGACUCCACGGGCCUAACCAUUGCUCGCACAAUCGAGGAUGCCCAAGCCCUCAUACCAUCGAAGAAGGAGAAGGUGCAGCAGAGGCGUGCUAUUGUAGAGAAGCGCAAGUCGGAAAUGGCGCGCGAGCUCAUUGACAGCGUACGCAAUAGUCAUUGGAAGAAAGCUAGCAGAACAGCAGUCUUGGCGAUUGGGCUGGACUAUCGAUUUGAGACGAUUGCGUCAGACGACAUGCUGGAUCUCGUUGUCAAGGGAGUCAUUGAUCCUCAUCCACAACUGCGAACACUAUACGGCACGAGUUUGAAUGCAAUCUUCAGCCUGGCGCAGACGCGUGCUCUCGUGGGUCACAAGUACGAGAAUUACUUGCUCGAUGAGCAGAAAGAUCCCGAUGAAGUCUCGAUACCGACAGAGCGCGAUGAUCCUACGUGGACGCAGCGCUACCUGGACUCGUUCGCGAAGCCGGAGGCGGUAGCGUACAUCGACUCCGACUAUCCUGGAUGGCUGGUCUGGCAAAAGGCAAUGCGCGGUUUCCGGACGGGUAAGAGUCAGCUCGAGUACGAUGCUACAGAGCGAAAGGUGCGUGCCAAGAUGGGCUCCUCUAUUGAUCGGCAUUGGCUGUCGACGUACUUCGGAUACAUGAAGCAAGAGCCACGCGACAACGGCGAUCGGUUCCGCAUGUCCUACUCUAUGAUUGUGGCUUAUGCCAUGGAUCUCAUGGCCGAUGGUUUGACCAAGGCCACGUGGGAUGACUUCAAAGAUCUCGCACAAGCAGUGUAUGGCGACGGCACGGACAAGCAUCAGCACCGUGCCAUGGCUGAGAUCAUGGGCGCCAUGCUCAGUAGCUCGGAGGAUUUUGACCACCACCUGAGAACGAAGAUCUGGGACUUCACAUUCCCAACCGUGCGCCGCAUCUUCACCGAUGGCCUGACACCCGAAAAUAUCGGUUACUGGUCGACAUUUGUCACUCUAAUUGUUGGAGGCAAGGAUCCUCGUCGCGCUUGGCCCUUGGUCGACUGGCUCGCCAGCUUCCGCCUGGACAUGGACUCUAGCGCUGCGUUCAAGGAGAGUUCCAAGGUGACUCUACUGCAGCUGAUCAUUGCUGCCAACGGUUGGCACUUCCAGCUGCACCGGCCCAUCGUGGAGAACUUCUUGGAGCAUCUGGACCAUCCGUACAAGAGCGUCAGGGAGGUUAUGGGUAGUACUCUUUCGACCAUUUUCCGCACUCGAUACCACGAAUCCUACAAGAACGUGCCAGAAUUGCUCGAGGCUCAGAAGUCUGCCUCGUCAAUCGGGAGCCGACCGUAUCAGCCUACAGAGGAGUACGCUAGCAUAAUCAAGAACGUUUUCGAUCGUCUUGAGGCGUGGCGCAAGGAACGUCCAGUAGGCACACAGACACCGACAUCAUACACGCAGGCAAGCAAGACAGUGCUACUGUGGCUCGACACCUCUCUCGGCUCCUUUGACUCAACAACCUUGGUGCCAUUCUUUCCUGGCGAGUUUAUGGAACAGCUACUGCACAUGAUGGACAUCAAGGAAGACCCUGAACUCCAGGCGCUUGCAUAUCACGUGUUCCGCCAUUUGCCAAAUAUCCCCCAUCGCCCCGGCGAGGAUGUUCCAUUCGUCGCAUCACUCGUCAAGAUCGCCAAGAGCUCCGUCUCAUGGCAUCAGCGUUUACGUGUCAUGAUCAUCAUCCAGGUCAUCUAUUUCCGCAAUCUCUUCCUCAUGGACGCCAAAGAAGGCGAAGCACUUUUCCAAUGCGUCCGCGAAAUGCUGCACGAUGUCCAGCUCGAGGUUCGACUUGGCGCUGCCGCAACUCUGGGAGGCAUGGUCCGCUGCUCACCGGUCGAAUAUCGUGGCCAGAAAAUUGCGGAGCUGAAGAAACAUUUCACAAACCUACUCAUCAAGAAUCCCUUGCCCAAGAAGCCUAGAGGCGGGCAACAACAAGCGAUAGCUACACGUGCAGAAGGUACCAGCACUCCCACACAAGAACAGAACAAACUUGUCCUCACACGUCAUGCUGCUGUCCUCGGUUUGGGUGCAUUGGUCCAAGCCUUUCCCUACACGUCUCCGCCUCCCGAGUGGUUGCCUGGAGUGCUCGCCACACUUGCUGGGCGUGCCUCCAAUGAUCCGGGGAUGGUGGGCAAGAGUGUAAAGACUGUGUUGAGCGACUUCAAAAAGACUAGACAGGACACUUGGCAUGUGGACGUCAAGGCAUUCAGUCCAGAACAACUUGACGACCUGGAAGGCGUUUUGUGGAAGAGCUACUUUGCAUAGACGUAUGAAGACAAUGAUCAACCAUCUCGGAGCAGGGUCGAAGUCGAUUGAUUACAGAUGGCACGAAUGAGUAAUGGAUGGUAUGAGCCCACGAGCUUGAUUUUUCCAAUAUCCCUGAUCAAGAUGCUUUCAGCGGCAUUGCAUGGCGUCAACUCAUGGGACCUGUAGGUAGUAGUAGUAAUAGUGUGUCUCUAGGCAUAGGUUCGGCGCUCGGCGGUGCUUCACAGUAUAUACCAUUUGCAUCUU